AUGGGCACGCGUCACAUCCUGACCAUCAGGAGCGUGCAGCAGGACGACUUCGACACCUACACCUGCGAGGCCAGUAACAGACUGGGCUCCAUGAAGGGACGCAUGAUCGUCACAGACGCUGCCGUGUGUGUUCGUCCAGGUGUGGCAGACCGGGUGAGGAUCACAAGUCCCCCCAUCAGCACGGCUCCGGAGGACUUUGACCUUUCCUGGGAGGUGGAAAGCUACAGCGCCAUACACGAGUACAAAGUCGCAUACAGAAGGAGCAAGUUCAACUCUACGGUGGCGUUACCGUCGCAGUUCAAGGAGGUGAUUGUACCGACCACGGGCACGGAGCCAGUCAACGACAUCCUGCACCACCAGAAGAUCACGCUACGGCACCUGCAGCCGGCCACCACCUACGACCUGUACAUCCAGGCCAGCAACCGGCACGGCUGGAACGCCGUCUCAGACAUGUUCCACUUCUCCACGCUGUCCAAAGGCGAAGCGCUGGAGUCCCGAAUCGCCAGUCCCAGCGGGGUAGAGGCCCGCCGGGCUCCUCCCCUCCUCAUCCACGUGCUCGCCGGUGCCUUGGUCACCUGGCCUCUGCGAUUCUGAACGCUAGAGGGCGCACAGAAGCUGCGUCUGUCACACAAGCUGAGUGUCGCACACCUACCAUCGCGCUGUGUACUUUCACGUCACCGCGUCCGGCUGCGCGACGUUACUGGCGCACCAGUGGCUGUGUUGGUGAGAGUACUGGUGCGCGGCG